AACUAUUGUUUUAGAGUAAAUUCCAUAAUUGGUCCUUUAUAACAUGGGGGUUUCCCUAUUUAGUCCUCUAUUAUCAAAUAUUACUCCCGUAGUCCUUUUUUUAAGGGUGCCUUUCCACAAAUGGUCCUUUUUUGAUCUUCUGCCAUGUUGGUGUUACUUUAAAGGCUAAAAGCAUGGAGUUCACAGGAGAUCUAAGGCCCGUGCGCACUCCCCUCUCCGGGUUCACAGGAGACUCCAUCGAGGCCGAAGGAGUCAUCACGGUGCCCGUGAUAGUAGUGGAUGGUGCGCACAAGGCCAAGUUGAAGAUGGAGUUCAUGGUUGUAAGCAUCAACUGCGUGCACAACCUGAUCCUAGGACGGCCCGGCCUUGAGGACCACGAAUGUGUGAUCUCCCCAUAUUACUUAUGUAUGAAGUUCCCCACUCCUUCGGGUAUCAGGGUGGUGAGGGGAGAUCAGAAGCUAGCCCGUUCGUUCUAUGUCCGGAUCACGAAGAAGUUGCCAAGGGAUGAGACAUUGGUCGUGCACACCCAGGAGGAGAUGAGGAAGCAAGAAGCGCGGCCGAAGGCCGAGCUCGCCGAGGAUGUCGAGAAAGUGCUGCUCGACCCUGAGAUGCCCGAGCGGAAGGUGAAGAUAGGGGCGAGCUUGACUGGAAACCUGCGGAAGCACUUAGUGGUCGUGCUCACCGCCUCCCGCGUGAUCUUUGCAUGGGGACCCGGGGAUAUGCCAGGGGUGGAUCCCAAGAUCAUAUGCCAUCGGUUCGGAGUCAACCCGGAGUCUAGGCCGGUGAAGCAGAAGAAGCGAUUCCUCUCAUCCGAGCUGAGGCAGUUCGUCGCACAAGAGGUGGCUACCCUCCAAAGCAUUGAGCUCGGUCCUCGUGCGGGAAGAAGACGGAGUCAGCACCCGGUAUACUACACGACAAAGACACUGAGGGACGCCGAGCUCAGGUACUCUGUGGGCGAGAAGACGGUUCUGGUUGUGGUCACAAUCGUACAUCGACUGACGCCCUACUUCCAAGCUCACUCGGUCCAAGUACUUUCCCGGCAGCCCAUGGGCGCGCUACUGAGGAGCCCGAAUGCGCCCUCUCGUAUGUAUAAGUGGGAAGUGUUCCUUGGAGCCUUCCAAAUUGAGUUUAAGCCAAGACCAGCAAUCAAGGGGCAGGCGCUGGAAGACUUCGUGGUGGAAUGCACCGCUCGGGAGGAGUCGAGCCCGGAAGCGCCUGAAGCCGAUGAUUGGUGGACAGUUUUUACCGACGGCUGCUCCGUCGCCAAAAACUCGGGGGGUGGAGAGGUAGUCAUCACUCCCGAAGGCACUCUUGUGCGGGCUACGCCUAGCAACUGGAUGAACACGACAAAGCUAAGGGUAAAGUGUGAUUCGAAUCUAGUAGUUGGCCACGUCUCCGGAGAAUUCGAGGCAAAAGACGAAAGAAUGAAGAAAUAUAGGGAUGCCGCUUUGGAAUUGCUUAAGAGUUUCACCGCGUAUAGUAUGGAGCAUAUCCCUCGAGCGGAGAACGCCGAGGUGGAUAUUUUGUCGAAGCUGAGCUCUGAAACGCCCGAGCAUAUCAGGGGAAUGGUGAACGUGGACGAACUGUCCGAGCUGAGCAUCAAUGCGUUCCCCGUGGCAAUGAUCUGUGCUCAGCCAAGAGAUGGACGAGUGUAGGCCAUACCCGUAUGUUUUUCCUCGAUGAAGGUCAACACUCGUGCUCGGCUCUAUCUUCCGCAAGAGGAUGGACAAGCGUAGGCCACACUCGGAUGUUUUUCCAAGAUGUAGGUCAAACACUCGCGCUCGUCUGUCCUCCGCAAGAGGAUGAAUGAGCGUAGGCCAUACCCGG